AUGGCCGACCAGUCGAACCCCCCAUCAUCACAACAGAACCGAGCUGCUCCGCCACAUUCAAUACCAAUGCAGAGUCUCGAGCGCCCACCAGACGAAUCACAGGGGCACCAUGGCGCAUUCGGUGCAGGAGGCACACAACAACAACCACAGCAGCAACAACAACAACGACAGCCACAGGGUGUCAUGGCGGCGAAUUUGCCAGGGAUAGUGACAUACUGGAACGACAAUCCCUUCCAUCGACAACCGCAACAACAGCCACAGUCACAACAUCAACAACAAUCGCAACAGAGUGGUCUACUCGUGCCCGACUCACCACUCGAUCCUCAUGCUUUCCAGGCCGCUAUUCCGCCGGGCUGGGGCCCUCCGAGUGCUGGCCGGCUGUCCAUCGAGACCACUCCGGUCGGAGCCUACGAAGCCCCUUCGUAUUUCGAAGAGCAGGCUCAGCCAGACUCCGACCGCGUCCCUCUAACGGCGACUGCCCAGCCGAUCGAUGGCCUCAACGUGAGCGACGACGGCCAUGCUCGAGAUAGCUUCCAGACUGUGCGCGACCUCGAUACCAACUCCAGUCAACAACGCGAUGGGAGGACGCUUGGGGCUGACCUGGAGAGGGGGAGCGGGUCUCAGAAACACAAGAGCUUUGGGAGGAACCUGACGGCUGGUGAUGCUGAAGGGAUGAGUCGGCGUCGGUCCCGGUCACCCUCGACGUCUGGCGCAUUCCUGAAGGCGGGCUCCAUCGUGCGGGCCAUGUCACAGCGUGUCGUCAACAUCAGUGGUGAGGCAGAGGUCCUCGAGAACCAGAAACGACGCCAAAGGUCCCGGUCGCCGAGCGCAGACUCGCCGCGUGAGCCCAUGCCUCCGAUGCCCGAAUCUGUCGACACCUCAUAUCCAUCACAGCUGUACCAAAACACCCAGAGCCCGACGGAGAAGAGGGGACAAACGGAAUACAUAUUUGCCUCGAACCCUGGCCCCCUCUCCCCAGUGCCUGGGCGGAUGCCAAAUCCGCUGAGAGGAAAGUCUCUGGGAAUAUUUUCCCCUGAUAAUCCGAUAAGACUGCGACUCUGCGAUAUCUUGGUUCAACCUUGGACGGAGCCAUUGAUCCUCGUUCUGAUUGUGCUCCAGACGAUCCUCUUGUGUGUCGAAGCCGCGCCGAGCGUGUAUAACACACCAAAUCCGGGCCAAAUCGUGUGGGGUAGCUCCACGCUCGACUGGGCCAUACUGGUCUUGUUUGUCAUUUAUACCAUGGAAGUCAUUGCCAGGAUCAUUGUGUCUGGCUUCAUCCUCAACGCAGCCGAGUACAGCUCAAUAGAUCGCUCGCGAGGUGUAAAAGCUGCGGUAGCCGGGAAAUAUCGAGAUGUUUUCCAACCACAGCGACAGAAAUCGGUCAAAAAACCGCCGCAGGAGAGCUACGGCCCUUCUACCUUGGCGCGGUCCGUCACCUGGCUCCAUGGCCAGCAGCUUCCCGAAACGAUGGAGGAACAACAAAGGUAUCAGUUGGCGCGAAGGGCAUUCCUGCGACACGGCUUCAACCGUCUUGAUUUUGUAGCCGUCGUGGCCUUCUGGAUAUCAUUUUCAGUCGGCAUCACGGGUGUCGAGUUGCAACAUCACCUCUAUAUCUUCAGGAUGUUGAGCAGUCUCAGAAUUCUCCGACUCCUGGCUAUCACGAAGGGGAACGCUGUUAUUCUGCGGAGCUUGAAGAAGGCAGCGCCACUGCUCCUGCGGGUCUCGUUCCUGAUUGGAUUUUUCUGGCUCGUCUUCGCCAUCAUCGGCGUGCAGAGUUUCAAGUCCAGCCUCAGUCGACAGUGCGUCUGGCUUGAUCCCGAAGACCCGUUCAAUGCAUCCGCAGCAUACAUCCAGGACAUGCAGUUCUGCGGUGGCUAUUUGAACGAGUCCAAUGGCGUCGAGAUGCCCUGGGUUAUUGCUAAUCAGUACGACAACCUGAGUGACUUCACACAAGGCACACCAAGCGCUAAGGGCUACAUCUGUCCUCGAGGUACACUCUGUUUGCAACGGGAGAAUCCGUAUAACAAUACCGUUCACUUCGACGACAUCUUUCACUCCCUGGAACUUGUCUUUGUCGUGAUGAGCGCCAACACCUUUUCUGAUCUCAUGUACUACACCAUCAACUCCGACUACACACCAGCAGCGCUUUUCUUUGGUGCCGGCAUCAUGAUCAUGAUGUUGUGGUUGGUCAACUUGCUCAUUGCGGUCAUCACUUCAUCAUUCCAGGUCAUCCGAGAAGAGAGCAAAGCAAGCGCUUUUACCGAUGUGGAUGAUCAUACUGAUCCAACCUUUGGAAGCCCCGAUGAGAAAAUGCCCAGGAGGGUAUCGUCACUGCAAAAGAUAUACAACAAGACGAAGCUCUUUUGGAUUCUCUGCAUCGCAGCCGAUCUCCUAGCCCAGGCAACGCGAAGCGCUUCGAUGUCUCCGGCACGUCGGGCCAUUAUCAAUGCUAUCGAGAUCCUCGUCACGAUUCUGCUGGACAUCGAGAUUUUCAUCAGAGUGGUGGCGGACUUCAGGGGCUUCCACCGCCACCGGCGAAAUAUCGUGGACCUCAGUCUGGCCGUCAUCACAUCCGUCAUCUUGCUUCCUCCGAUCCACAACACUGAGGCUGUCUAUGCUUGGUUGACGGUCUUUCAGAUACUCAGAGUCUACCGCAUCGUUCUUGCUGUUCCCAUGACAGCAAAGCUGAUCAAGUUGGUGCUGGGUGACUCAACAGGUAUCCUGAACCUGAUGCUGUUCGUGUUCCUGAUCACACUGUUGAUGUCCAUUUUCGCCUCGCAACUCUUUCGUGGACAGAUACCACUCGUCGACUCUAGCGGCGACAAUGUUGAGGUUUCCUUCGACACAAUCUGGAACUCAUUCCUCGGAAUGUACCAGAUCCUGUCCACAGAGAACUGGACGAAUGUCUUGUAUAACGUCACCGCCUACACAACAGCCUACAGGACAUCGUGGAUAGGGGCAAUCUUCCUGGUCGGUUGGUUCAUUCUCGCCUUCUUCAUCCUCGUCAACAUGUUCAUUGCUGUCAUCCAAGAAAACUUUGAUGUUGGCGAGGAUGUGAAGCGAUUGGAACAAGUGAAGGCCUUUCUGCAGAGAAAGGAGCUUGGCAGCAGUUCGAGCAAUCUCGCCCUCUCCACCAUCUUCUCGCUCGGAAAGACCCGUAAGAAGAAGGACCCGCUGGACUAUGGCCCUGCUAUGAUGGAGAUGCUGCUCAAAGAGGCCGUGGUUCGUGAUUUCCUUGACGACGGCCCUGACCCGCACCACGAGACGCCUCCAGGCGAAAGUCAGUCGCCACCGGAGCCCAAUGGCGCCUAUGCUGGUAAUGGCGUCAAACCGGGAAUCAUGUCGUCGAUAUGGGGAAAGAUGGUCGUCACGUUCACUAGCAAGGAUCCAAACCCCUUCUACUCCAACAUCCGUUUCGAGGCCCACAAUGAGGCUCUCGACCCACGACAGAUGGCCCAGAAGGCUGUCUCGGCAACCGCAGAGCGACGCAAGGCGCAGCGAGCGUAUCUGGCGCGCCAUCCGACAUAUAACAACUCCCUGUUCAUCUUCUCGCCCAGAAACCCCAUCAGACGCCUCUGUCAAAGGAUUGUCGGCCCUGGCAGAGGAACCGAGCGUUUUGACGGCGUUGAGCCCAACAAGACGUUGUGGUAUUCAUUCUCGGCUUUCAUCUAUGCCGCUAUCGUUGCCAUGGUGAUUCUGGCCUGCAUUACCACACCGCUCUACCAGAAGCAGUACUUUGCAAACAAGACAUUCAGCGUGUCAAACUGGUUUGUGUGGACCGACGCCGCCUUUGCUCUCCUGUUCAGUAUCGAGGCCCUCAUCAAGGUCAUCGCUGACGGGUUCUUCUGGACCCCGAACGCAUACUUCCGCAGCUCCUGGGGCAUCAUCGAUGCCGUCGUGCUGAUCACUCUCUGGAUCAACGUCAUCACCCUCUUCAAGAAUGACGGGGCUGUAUCACGUGCUGUCGGUGCUUUCAAGGCGCUCAGAGCUCUGCGACUGCUCAAUGUAAGCGACAGUGCCAGGGAUACGUUUCAUUCUCUCAUUGUCAUCGGAUGGUGGAAGAUACUUAGCGCCGCCUUCGUAUCGUUGUCUUUGAUUAUACCAUUUGCUCUCUAUGGACUCAACCUGUUCGCCGGGAAAUUCUCGAUCUGCAACGACGGCGACGCCGGCGCUUUCCUGUACGAUUGCUUUGGGGAAUACAACAGUACCCCUUUCAACUGGGAUGUGUUGUCACCUCGAGUCGCUGCCAAUCCUUACUACGACUUCGACGACUUCCCCUCCUCUCUCUUCAUCCUCUUCCAGAUCGUGAGUCAAGAGGGAUGGGUUGACGUCUCCUUCUCGGCGCAGUCUAUCACGGGCAGUGGAAUGCAACCCCAGUUUGGGGCCGCCACCGGCAAUGCCGUCUUCUUCGUGAUUUACAAUCUCUUGGGAACGGUAUUCGUGCUUACUCUGUUCAUUUCUGUCUUCAUGCGGAAUUACACAGAGCAGACUGGCGUGGCUUAUCUGACAGCAGAGCAGCGAUCCUGGCUCGAAUUGCGAAAAUUACUUCGCCAAGUCUCCCCUUCGAAAACCUCGUAUGACGAGAGCAAGAAGAAGUGGAAGAAAUGGUGUCAUAAGCGCGCAAUUGAGAAAAGGGGCAAAUGGUAUGUGGGUAUCACCGUUGUGUUGAUCCUACACCUGAUCCUUCUGCUUUCAGAAUACGCCAGCGAGCCUGGAUGGUGGACCUACACAAGGGACACGCUGUUCUUCCUGUUCACGCUUAUCUUCAUGGCCAACGUAGGUGUGCGAAUCGUCGGUCUUGGGUGGCCUCGAUUCAGAAAGAGCUCAUGGGACAUGUACUCCCUCCUCGCAGUCUUUGGCGCGUUCGCGACUACGAUCCUGUUCCUUGCACAGCAACAGGUUGACACAUACACGCAACUGCACAAGUUCUUCCUCGUCGCCAUCGUCUUCCUCCUGAUUCCCCGCAAUGACGCCCUGGACCAGCUCUUCAAGACGGCGGCAGCCAGUCUCACGACUAUUGGCAAUCUGUUGGCGACGUGGCUGGUCUUCUUCCUGGUCUUCGCGAUUGCCCUGACACAGACCUUCAGUCUGACUCGGUUCGGCGGAAACGAAGACAACAACGUUAACUUCCGCACUGUGCCGAAUGCGCUCAUCCUGCUCUUCCGCAUGAGUGUGGGUGAGGGCUGGAAUCAGAUCAUGGAAGACUAUGCAGGUAUCGAACCGCCCCUCUGCGUCGACUCCCCGGCAUUCUUCGAGAGCGACUGUGGAAGCAGUGCGUGGGCCCGGGUGCUGUUCAUCAUGUGGAACAUUGUCAGCAUGUACAUCUUCGUCAACUUGUUUGUCUCGCUCAUCUUCGAGAGCUUCUCGUACGUGUAUCAGCGCCACAGCGGGUCAGCAGCCGUCGACCGCGACGAGAUGCGCCGCUUCAAGGAGGCAUGGAGAUCUGUGGAUCCUCGUGGUACGGGCUACAUCAGCAAGGAGGCAUUCCCUCGGUUGCUAGGCGAGUUGUCGGGUGUCUUUGAGAUGCGCAUCUAUCAGCAUGAGAACUCGGUACGCCAAAUCCUGGAUGACGUCCGCGAGGAUGUACCGCCUACGCGGCAUACGUCCAUGUCGACCGCAGCGGCAAGCGCGUAUGGUGGCAUCAACAUCAACAGUCUCAACCGGAGGUUGGACGAAAUCGAUGUUACGGUAGUGCGCGAAAGGCGUAGGAAAUACAAUGUUUUCUAUGAGGAGGUGAUGGUCUCAGCGGACCCAGACAAGGGCAUCUCCUUUACGACCGUGCUUAUGAUUCUGGCUCAUUACAACAUCAUUAACGACAGCAAGAGUCUUCGAUUGGAGGAGUUCUUGCGUCGUCGGGCGCGUCUGCAGCGCGUUGAGGAAGAAGUACGCCGGCGUGUUGUCGUCGGCUUCUUCGACACACUAUAUCACUCACGGAAAUUCAAGCGCCACAUGGCUCUGAAGCGCACCGCGCGUUUGACGGCGAUCCCUCAGCUUGAUCUGCCAGACAUUCUCGUCGACGACGAGGAGGAGCGAGCCAAGAACAAGAAGAAGAAGACCGCCACGCCUUACGCGUCCUCCUUGUCACCAUCCACACCAGGCACCGGGCCACUGCACUCUGCCUCGGCUUUCCUCUCUCCCACGCGCGACAGUGCCGGCAGCGGCCACCAAAAGAACCUUUCCAAUAUGAGCGCUGACCUGACGCUGCAGACGAGCUUUGACAGCUUUGGCGCCCACCCACUCAGUAUGCCGCGGAUGGGCGGCGAGGGCUCGUCACAGCAGCGAGGUAGUGGUGGUAUUGGUACCUUUGACGGCCACCAGUCGACACAUUCAGCGUUCAGUUUUGAGCUGCAGAUGCCAGGCUCGGGCACCAGCUCAGCGAGAACCAGUUACCGGAAUAGCGGCAGGAAUAGCAACCGCAACAGCAGAAGCAACAGUGCGGUCAGUCCGAUCCAAAUGAGCUCGAUUCUGGACGACUCCAUCUGGGUAGAAAGCAUCCGGCGCAGCGCUACCAUGAAAAGGCCACGGCCAGGAUGGUAG